CACUCUCCAUCAAACAAACCCAUCUCUCUUCUCUCUCUUGUGUUCAUCAAUGGCGACUCUACAAGACAUAGGAGUCUCAGCUCUCAUCAACCUCUUCGGUGCCUUCUUAUUUCUCAUCGCAUUCGCUGUCUUAAGAAUCCAACCCAUCAACGACAGAGUCUACUUCCCCAAAUGGUACCUCACCGGAGAAAGAAACAGUCCCCGGCGCUCCGACAGAACUCUCGUCGGAAAAUUCGUGAACCUCAACUACAAAACUUACUUCACUUUCCUUAAUUGGAUGCCUCAAGCCAUGAAAAUGAGUGAAUCAGAGAUUAUUCGUCAUGCUGGUCUCGAUUCUGCUAUCUUCCUUAGGAUUUACACUCUCGGCUUGAAGAUCUUUGCACCAGUUAUGGUAUUAGCGCUUGUUGUUCUUGUUCCAGUAAAUGUAUCAAGUGGAACACUUUUCUUCUUGAAGAAAGAACUUGUGGUCAGCAACAUUGAUAAGCUCUCUAUAUCAAAUGUUCAGCCCAAAUCUUCAAAGUUCUUCUUUCACAUUGGAGUAGAGUACAUUUUCACGUUCUGGGCAUGUUUCAUGCUCUACAGAGAAUACAAUAAUGUCGCUAUUAUGCGUCUGCAGUAUUUAGCUUCACAGCGUAGGCGUCCAGAACAGUUCACUGUUGUUGUUAGAAACGUUCCUGACAUGCCCGGACACUCGGUUCCAGAUACCGUGGAUCAGUUCUUCAAGACGAAUCACCCUGAGCAUUACCUCUGUCAUCAAGCUGUUUAUAAUGCGAACACGUACGCAAAGCUGGUGAAGCAAAGAGCAAAGUUGCAACGUUGGUUUGAUUAUUAUGUGCUGAAGCAUCAACGUAAUCCGCAUAAGAUGCCUACAUGCAGAACAGGGUUUCUUGGUCUAUGGGGUAAAAUGGUUGAUUCCAUUGAGUACUACAAACAACAAAUCAAGGAGUUUGACCACAAUAUGUCUUUGGAGCGUCAAAAAGUUCUCAAGGACUCCAAACUAAUGCUUCCUGUUGCAUUUGUAUCGUUUGAUUCACGAUGGGGUGCUGCUGUUUGUGCACAGACGCAGCAGAGCAAGAAUCCGACAUUAUGGUUAACGAGUAGUGCUCCAGAGCCUCGGGAUAUCUAUUGGCAAAAUCUUGCUAUACCUUUUAUCUCUUUGACCAUCCGGAAACUCAUAAUUGGUGUCUCAGUCUUUGCCUUGGUCUUUUUCUACAUGAUUCCUAUCGCUUUCGUGCAAUCUCUCGCCAAUUUAGAAGGUCUUGACAGAGUUGCACCUUUCCUCAGACCUGUUACUAGAUUGGAUUUCAUCAAGUCAUUCUUACAGGGUUUUCUCCCUGGUCUUGCUCUGAAGAUUUUCUUGUGGAUUCUCCCAACGGUUCUGCUGAUUAUGUCAAAGAUUGAGGGAUACAUCGCUAUAUCGACCCUCGAGCGCAGAGCAGCAGCAAAGUACUAUUACUUUAUGUUAGUUAAUGUGUUCUUGGGAAGUAUCAUUGCUGGAACCGCGUUUGAGCAGUUGGACUCUUUUCUUCACCAAUCACCAUCUCAGAUUCCUCGAACCAUUGGGGUCUCAAUACCAAUGAAAGCUACGUUCUUUAUCACAUAUAUAAUGGUUGACGGGUGGGCGGGGAUUGCAGGUGAGAUUCUCCGGUUAAAGCCCCUCGUGAUUUUCCACUUGAAGAACAUGUUUCUUGUGAAGACUGAAGAAGAUAGAGUGAGAGCAAUGGACCCUGGCUUUGUCGAUUUCAAGGAGACUCUCCCAUCUCUCCAGCUCUACUUCCUCUUGGGAAUUGUCUACACCGCUGUUACUCCCAUUCUUCUUCCCUUCAUCUGCAUAUUCUUUGCCUUUGCUUACUUCGUCUAUCGCCAUCAGAUAAUCAAUGUUUACAACCAACAAUAUGAGAGCUGUGGAGCGUUUUGGCCGCACGUUCAUGGCCGGAUAAUCGCGAGCUUGUUGAUAUCUCAGCUUCUGCUUAUGGGACUUUUGGCUUCUAAAAAAGCAGCUGACUCAACUCCAUUGCUUAUCAUCUUACCCAUUCUCACACUUUCUUUCCACAAGUACUGCAAACACCGCUUCGAACCUGCCUUCCGACAAUACCCUCUUGAGGAAGCAAUGGCGAAAGACAAGCUAGAGAAGGAAACAGAACCGGAGCUGAACAUGAAAGCGGAUCUUGCAGAUGCUUACUUGCAUCCUAUUUUCCAUUCAUUCGAGAAAGAAGUAGAAUUAUCAUCAUCAUCAUCAUCAGAAAAAGAGACUCACCAAGAAGAGACACCAGAGGUAAGAGUCGACAAACAUGAAACACAGUCGUCUAGUCCUGUAACCGAGCUCGGUACUCCUACCCAUCACCAUUAUGUCUACAAUUCCACUUCCCCUUCUUCUCACUACACUUCAGCUUAUGAGCAAUCAUCAUCUCAGUAUGAAUAUCACUACAAUACUCAUCAGUACGAGGAGCAUGAGUACCGUUACAAUUGAUCUCUAACGGAAAAAAGAAAGACAUGUAAUGUCGAUAAAGGUUUCUUAUGAGUGUCAUUCAGGUCUAGGUUUAGGCUAUUUGUUAGCUGACUUUGAUUUUGGUUUUGGGGUUUAGGAAAUUGGUGUUAGUAUCAUUCACUUGUAUGGAAAUAUAUUCGAAGAUUAAUU